AUGGCGGUAAAUUGGCCAGGGCUGCUGUCCAUUGGAGUAUUUUAUUUAAUCGUGCUGGGCACAGGUAUCUGGGCGUCCAGGAAGUCUAAACGUGAGGAGAAGAAAUGCACAGGGAAUCGCAGUGAAGUUACAAUGGUGGGCGGGCGGAACCUCAGCAUCUGGGUCAGCAUCUUUACUAUGACAGGUAGCAUCUUUAUGAUAUUAUAACCAUAAUGAUAUUAAUGAACGUCAUAGUCAAUCAGAGGCCUGAUUUGUUCUUCAGAGCAGUUUUUGAUGGAGCUUUGAUUUAAUCUAUAAGUCAGUGGUGUAGGGGGAUUUUUAAAGAUAUAACUCUUUUAUAACUUCAUAAACUUUUAAUUCCGUCUACGUACAAUAGAUGGGCGUAAUAAUUUUGUUUGUAUGUUUCUUCAAUCCAGAUGUGUGAACCUGUGUGCGCGUGAAAAAAAAAAAACAUGCUUACCAUUUUCUCAUGCAAACUAGUACUUAAAAGGUAAAAUGUAUUAUGAUAAUCUUUUCUCUCUUUUUAUAUAUUUUUAAAUGUACUUUUAUAUAUUUUUUAAGAUACAGAUUGUUGUUUGUUUAGAUAGUCUGUCAACUGCAGCCACUGUUUUCUCACGGUUAUUGUCACUGUCAUCUACACGAUAAUCUGACCGUUUGUGUUCUCCAUUUGCGAACAAAAGGCAGGUUAGAGCACCUCAACUUCAAUAUCUUGAUUUUCUAAAAUAGCACAAUACAUCUUUGUAUUUUGUAAUUGUUUUUGAUUGUUUAGUGUUUGGAUUUUUUUGUCUGUGGUUUGAAUAAUCUAAAUAAAUAGCUAUGUGUAACCACUGUCCUUUUUUCAUGUUUCACAGCCACGUGGGUGGGAGGAGGUUAUAUUCUCGGUAAUGCUGAAGUGGCCUAUGAUCCAACCAAGGGGUUAGUGUGGGCGACUGGACCCAUUGCCUUCGCCAUAAACAUGGUCAUAGGUGAGAGAGGUCAAAAUCAACAUGUGCUGAUACAGUUAAACUAGAGGGCUCAGUACUUGCUGUCACUGCCAGCUGAACCCACAGUGAUAUUCAUCCCUUAUCUACUGCUUCAAUAAAUUACGAAUUUAACAUUUACAAUGUUUUCCCUUGGAUUAAAACAGAUGUUUAUAUUUAAAGUGUGUUUUGUGAACUCCAGGUGCCCUUUUCUUUGUAAAGCCAAUUCGGUCCAAGAACUAUGUCACCCUCAUGGACCCAUUUCAAGAGAAAUACGGCAACACUGUUGCUGCUUUCCUUUUCAUCCCGGCGCUGAUUGGUGAUAUCUUGUGGAUAGCCUGUAUUCUCGGUGCACUGGGUGAGUCAGAAACAUGCUCUUUUAGACUAAUUUCUUUUUUCAGCUCAGGUCAAACUUGGGGUUAGCUAAUUCUGUCUGUGCCUUUGAGGUUACAGGAGGGACAGUUAGUGUGGUCAUGGAUAUUUCCUCCUCGUUGGCUGUGAGCAUCUCCGCAGCUGUGGCAAUUGUGUACACACUGAUGGGAGGACUGUACUCAGUGGCCUACACUGAUGUUAUCCAGCUCACCUUCAUGCUCCUUGGCUUGGUAUUUCAAAUAUUUUCUACGAUGGUCUUUUCUUUUCAUAGAUUCAUAAGGGUUGCCACAAUUUUAAAGGUUGGCACAAGCAACAGUUAACAUAUGUUUUUAAUACAACAGCUACAAAAAAUAACCUCCCAGGCACUUGCAGCUUUGUUUUUCAUGACCACAUUGCAAACAGUGAUUCAACUGAUGUCAACAGUGACCAACAUAUUGGUGAAGUCUUCAAUCCUAUCUGCAUCAGAGUUGGUUUUAAAUAUUUUCACGUUGCCAUGGUUUAAAAAUGAAAAAAUCAUCUCAUCAUUACAGAGUUGUUAGUUUUUCAGACUUUAAAGAGGAGUCAGGAAUCACCAAGGUUUUUGGUACAAGGCUCAAUACAUGCUGGAACAGGCAAGGAUUAUUGCAAAUGAAGCAAGAGGGUUCGUAGGUGCAGAGCAUUACUUACUCAGUGUGUUUAGUUUUACGAGAUUUGCAUUUCAAGGCUCUAAAGUGUUAGUCUCAACUUGUUGCUGUGGCAUUUAGACCAACGAUAAAACAAGGUGUGAUUUAUUAUACAGUAAAAAGAUAUGGGAAGGCCCUGAGGCAACAUGUAGACAACAACAUGAAAACAGAAGAGGUAAUUAACGAAGGGUUGGGUUUUCAUCCGUGUUUCUCAUGUUAGUUUUGAUCGCAGAGGAAAAUAGCCGUUAUAGUUCAAUGCAACACUGUUGGCUCACUGUUUUCCUAACUCUAUAUCCUACUGUCCUCAUUAUUUCAGUGGCUCUGUGUGCCUUUUAUCUUGACAAGCCCAACCUCUGCUAACUUUACUGUUGCUGCGGUCUCAACGCUGUACCAGGAGCCAUGGCUCGGCAAACUAGAGCUUGAGCAAGCAGGUCGCUGGAUAGACGAUGUUCUGCUUUUGGUAAUAAUCAUUUUACAACUUAUUUUUGACAUUUCUUUCCUUUCUGUCCAUUACUUUUUAAUUAAACCCAGCCAUACUUCUUAUUUAAGGCAUUUGGAGGGAUAUGCUACCAGGCCUUCUACCAGAGAGUCCUGUCUACAGCUACUGAUUCCCAAGCUAAACUCACUUGCUAUGCUGGAGCAAUAUUAUGCCCAAUCCUUGGCAUCCCAUCCCUUAUCAUCGGGGCAGCAGCGGCAUCUACCAGUAACUAGUUUCCUCUCUUUGCUGUCUUCUUAUAAAUGGAUGUGUUUGGUUUAUUUACAAGUGCUUACUGUCUGUCUGUCAGAUUGGAACCAGACCAGCUUUGGUACACCCACCCCGUACGAGCAGGGCAAAUCUGGCAUGAUCUUGCCAAUCGCCCUUCAGCAUCUUUGCCCUUUCGUUGUCUCACUGAUUGGCAUGGGAGCUCUCGCUGCCUCUGUCAUGUCAUCAGUUGACUCAGCUCUUCUGUCUGCUGCAUCUCAAUUGGGCCGAAAUAUCUUCAAGAACAUUGUCUACAAACAGGUAACACAUUUUCACAUUCACACUGAGGUUUCUUUUGUUAAUGGUUGAUGGCAAUACUAAGAACUAAACCCUAUUGUUUAUAAUGGUUUCCUUUUCGAGGUGUUUAUGAGCCCAUGAGUGAUUAACACUUCAGAGUCAUGAGUGUUUUUGACCUGGUACUGCCUGAGGUCCUGAAACUGAUGGACGAUGAAAUUCCUAAGUUCUUAGCAGUUUUACCCUGAAGAGCAGGACUCAGAAAUAUUUAAACUAUUGGCUCACAGACUAAGAAACCUUACCCCAUCUUUACUUCUGACUCAGGUUAUGAACUUGUCACAAACUACAAACACAUGAAUAUUCUGCAUACAAACUUUUUUUUUUUUUUUUUUGGGGGGGGGGGGGGUAUGAAGACAUUAUUUGAGACUUUUAAGGUUUCUUUACUUGUAGAAAUACCUACACAUUCAGGCAUUAAGUAGCCCCAUCAUUUCAUGACCAGAGGCAGGAUUCUAACUGCUCAUUUCUGCUUCCACACGUUCUCUCAUUUUGAGGCUAAUCGAUCAAAAGACCACAGUAGUUCUGACUACUUUAAAGCAAUUCAGUGACUUAUCGUUGGUUUUCAUCUGUUUCAGGCCUCAGAGAAAAUGAUCAUCGUGGUGGUGAAAGUGUCGGUCUUCAUCUGCGGGCUUAUGGGAGCAGGCCUGGCGAUGUUAUCGAGGUCCAUCCACCUUUUCUGGAUAGUCAGUGCAGAUGUGUUGUAUUCGAUGAUGACUCCCCAGGUGACUUGCAUCUUCUACUUAUCUAAGUGGGUCAACAAAUACGGGGCCUGUUCUGGUCUCGUGUUGGCGAUCCUUCUAAGAGUUCUGGUCGGGGAACCCAUGAUUGGCCUUCCUGACGUGCUGCCUUUGCCAUGGGACAAGAUACAGGAGGAUGGUCACCGGUACCGCUUGUUCCCUUUCCGCACCGCCAUUAUGCUCAUCACCACAGCAACUAUUCUGUUGACAUCACGCAUUGCUACGUGUUUGUCAAAGAAGAGGGGGAAAAGUGGUGCUGAAGAGGACAAAAACUCGCACUACAUGGCACCACUCCAGACAGAGAAGGAGGAAAUGGAGAAACUGAACAAAGAACAGAGUCACUCCUCUUCACAAGAAAGAGAUGAGCUUAAUGAAAAGAGUUAG